AUGCCAAACAAAGAGGAAAAAAUUAUGGAUUGCAUUGUGAGAGUAUCUAAGGCCGAAAAAGAGUAUCUUAAAAAUAAAAUUGAUAGAAAAAUUUAUUGUGAAAUAAUCAUGGAAACUAAAGAUUUGUAUGCCGACUUUUUACAUAACAAGAAUUUUCAUGAUGAAAAAUAUUACAAAGUAUUUUUAUUAUUUUUACUUAAAAAAUCUUUAUGCUAUUUAAUGUUUGAAGACGAAUUGAGUGAAACAAUUUUUUUUCAUGUUUCUCAAUUUGAAAAAAACCUGAAAUUAUUAACUAACGACUUUUUGUCAACAAAUACAUCGAUCAUUAAUAAUAAUGUUGAAAACAAUAUAAAUGAUGGAUUUAAAACAAAAAAAACCAAAAGAACGACUAAACGAUCAAAUUAUCCACAAAAAGUUUUAAGAAUUUUCAAACAAUGGUUAAAAGAUCAUAUAACGAAUCCAUAUCCUUCUGAGGUCGAAAAACAAGAAUUUUGUGAACUCACGGGUUUAGAUAUAUCACAAAUUAAUAAUUGGUUUAUUAAUGCCAGGCGUAGAUUAGUUCCAAAAACAUCGAAAAGAAAAAUGUAA